AUGGUAGAGAGGAAGAAGACAGCGGAGACGAUGAGUUUCAAGAACAAAACCAAUCGGAUAUGGUUCGUGAAAAGGGCGAUACUGGGAUACACGGAUAACGUAAAUUCGCUCAAGAGAGAGGUGGAGAAACAGCAACAUAAGCCAUCAAUAAGUCAACAGAGGGAUCUAGCAGCUGAGGUUACAGCCAUAGACCGGUCACUCCGGAAAAAGACCUCUCGUAAGGAUGUUUCACACCCGAAGUCAUCUCCACACUCGCUGCCGGUCCCGUGGCCUAAGACAACAGGUCCGUGGAAGCGGGUUCAUGUGGACUAUGCAGGACCUUUUGAUGGAGAAUAUUUUCUGUUGGCCGUCGAUGCGUAUUCCAAAUGGCCGAAGAUUAUUCCUACACGGAGUAUAACAUCGACAGUAACGAUAAUUCUGAGGAGUUUGUUCGCCCGCUUUGGAAUGCCAGAAGUAAUCGUCAGUGACAAUGGCACACAGUUUACGAGUGUGGAUUUCCAGAAGUUUUGUGCCGACAACGACAUUGAUCGAAUAACUACAGCUCCGUACCAUCCUCAAUCAAACGGGCAAGCCGAGAGAUUCGUGGAUACAUUCAAGCGUUCGGUGAAGAAGAUUCAGGAGGGAAAGCGUACACUACAUGAAGCACUAGAUAUUUUUCUGCUGGUUUAUCGAUCAACGCCGAACCGGCAAGUAGUUGAUGGGAAGUCUCCGUCUGAAUCCAUUUUUGGACGCCGCAUUCAUACAAAUUUGGAUCUGCUUCGUCCCCCAUCUUCUGAAUCAACCAUUCUACCUAAGCCAGAUAACGAAGGUUAA